AUGGCAUACCCUCAGCCACGGCGGCCACCUCCACGAGGACCGCCUCCUGGAUCAGGCUAUCGGUCGCAAGGUGCCAACGGCUACGACCAGGGCCCGCAGGAUUAUGGGUAUGACGACAAUGGAGGUGCGCUUGGAUACGGCCCUCCAGGCGGAGGAGGGCCAGGACCACGCUCGCGCCCUCCACCCCGAGGCUAUACCGGUCCCGGAGGAUCUUCAAAAAACGGUUAUCCUCCUCCGCGAGGAGGGUCCAGCCGCGGACCUCCCCCGGGCCGUGGACGAGGGCCACCACCUGGUCGUGGAGGACCGAUGGGCCGACCCCCUCCAUCGCGCAGGCCUCCUGAUGAUCCGUACGGAAACCCAGGGCAAGGCCCUCCGCCACGACGCAGAGGCUCAGACGACUAUGGCAUAUCAAGUCAAAUGGGAGAGAUGGAUCUCAAUGCUCCGCCUACUCGCCCGCAUACGUCAAACUCGUCUCGUCAUGAUAGAAGACCGCCACCCAACGGCCGAAAUUACCCUCCAGAUCAUGGCGACCCAAAUGGUGGCUUUGGUUAUCCACCGCCGCAACGGUCAUACACCGAUAGAGGCGCGCCGCCGCCUCUCAAAGUACCGCAGAGAAGUGCAACAAAUCCCGUUUCGCCCUACGCAUCUCCCAUGCGCUCGCCUAAAUAUCCCGGUCAGUCAACGUAUCCCGAAGCAGCGGACUUUCCUGAACCACCCUCUGCGCCGGAGAAGGAUCUACUUGCUCCGAAUGGCGCGAACGGCGGACGAGGGGAUGAGAUGAAAUACAAAACUUUUAGUACUUAUGUGCACCACAAUGUCUUUGCAGACUAUUUUGAUGAGGAUGACGGCGAAGAAGAACUUGACAUGCCCAAUUUUGAUGCUAUGCCAACCAAUGACUCAAACCAUCGCCGCAAUGGCAGUCUUGAAAAUCAUUUAACACCCGAAGAGUCGUCAGGUACUGGCGGAAAGACUGGACCUGGGUACUCCGCAUACAGGCCUUCCGAGCCUGCGGGCAGCUCCAACGAGCUUGCAAACGCUGGAUUCCAAUUCGACUUACCUAGCGGCGCCAAUGGCAAUGGACCACCUUCAUAUCGCUCAAACCCGUCCAGUGCCUAUGACACACCGGUCAGCCCGGACAGUCAAAACCCAGAUGCCCUUCCUGCUCAUCCAUCGCCUUACCGACCGGGUCUCGACCAAGCAGGUUCCGGCCCAAGGCCGGCCCCAGUUCGGCAGUAUGGGGGGCCUCAACCAGCUGAACAGCAGCAACCUCCUCCUCAGCAAACCCCGCCUCCUGGGCCCGCCGCGACGCGUCCGAAAUCUCCCCCUAUCACGAAGGUCGAGCUCGAAAGGCUAGAGCUAACUGUUCGACGGAAUCCAGAUGAUCUCAAAUCUGCCCUGCUCUUGGCUAAGAAAUAUGUCGAGGCCUCAACUGUUUUGAUUGGUGAUGAAGGUCGUGUUGAUGCAAAAGCAAGAGCGAAGGCUAGAGAAAAAUAUGUCAAUGACGCGUACAAGAUUGUUAAAAAGCUCACCCACGACGGAUUUCCCGAUGCAAUGUUUUACAUGGCCGAUUGUUACGGACACGGUAGCCUAGGACUGCAGACGGAUGCAAAGGAAGCAUUCGCUCUAUAUCAGUCUGCUGCUAAGGCUGGACAUGCGGAGGCUGCUUAUCGUACGGCGGUGUGCUGUGAAAUUGGCCAAGAAGACGGCGGUGGCACGAAACGCGAUGCUCUCAAAGCAGUGCAAUGGUACAGACGCGCCGCAUCACUGGGGAAUACCCCAGCCAUGUACAAAAUGGGUAUCAUACUGCUGAAAGGACUUCUCGGUCAACAGAAAAACCCUCGCGAGGCCGUUACAUGGCUAAAACGGGCAGCGGAGCGAGCAGAUACGGAAAAUCCACAUGCUCUUCACGAAUUAGGACUGUUAUACGAAAGUGCAAACAACACCGAUUUCCUCGUCCGCGAUGAGGAAUACUCGCGACAGCUAUUUACACAGGCUGCAGAUCUGGGCUACAAAUUCUCGCAGUUCCGACUGGGCGCCGCCUACGAGUAUGGAUUCAUGGGCAUGCCUGUAGAUGCGCGCAUGAGUAUCAUUUGGUAUACGCGAGCAGCAGCACAAGGCGAGCAUCAGUCGGAGCUAGCACUGAGUGGAUGGUACUUGACCGGUGCUGAUGGUAUUCUCCAGCAAAGCGACACCGAAGCCUAUCUCUGGGCACGCAAGGCUGCUGCUGCCGGACUAUCCAAGGCUGAGUACGCCAUGGGCUACUUCACAGAAGUCGGUAUUGGCGUUCCAUCAAACCUGGAGGAUGCCAAGCGAUGGUACUGGCGAGCAGCGUCUCAAAACUUCAACAAAGCCCGAGAACGUCUCGAAGAACUCAAGAAAGGCAGUGCCCGUAUGCAAAAGACGCGAGUAUCGCGCUCCGCCGUCACUCAGCAGAACCAGGGUGACUGCGUGGUGAUGUAG